UGUGUCAGUGCGCAUGCGCAGUCUCCGCCUGCGCUCGGUCCGUGGCUGCUGCUGCUGUUUCUGUCCGCCGCGCGAGAAUCUCCGUGUAUUUCCGCCUUGUUCUCGCCCGCCGCUCGUUUAUGCGCCCGAGUCCGACCGCCGGGCCCGCGCUGCUCGGUCCGUGCUCCCGGUAAAGGCUCGUCUCACCGCGGCUCCGGGCGUUAUGCGCUCACAUGAGGCCUACACGCUGAAGCUGUCCUCCUCCUCUUCCUCCUCCUGCUCCUGCUCCUCCUCUCAUGCAUGAAUCUCACCGUGAUGGCUGAUGAUCAACAACAGCCCGGUGCUCCCGGAGCGUCCCUGCAGAGCCCCGAGGCCACGGCGCUGCAGUACAACAAGAUCAAGAACUCCAUUUGCAAAUCAGUACAAUCAAAAGUGGAGAGUAUUUUGCAAGAUGUUGAGAAGUUUACAGAUAUUGAAAAGCUCUACCUCUACCUUAAGUUGCCUUCUAGUCCCAGUAGUGGCAAUGACAAAAGAACUGAAAAUCAGAGGGGCUCUGCAAGUCCUGCAAUAUGCGACCAGAAUUCCAUGUCGUCCAGUCGGACUCAACAGAUGUACGCAUUCAACUGGAUCCGAAAUCACUUGGAAGAGCACCCAGAAACCUCACUGCCAAAACAAGAGGUGUACGACGAAUACAAGAGUUAUUGCGACAAUCUGGGUUACCAUCCUUUAAGUGCAGCUGAUUUUGGAAAGAUCAUGAAAAAUGUUUUUCCGAACAUGAAGGCACGCCGUUUGGGCAUGAGGGGGAAAUCAAAAUAUCCUUUUGUUGGACUGAGAAAAAAAGCCUUUGUGCACAUGCCAUCACUCCCUAACCUGGACUUACACAAAUCAGGAGAUGGGUGUGAGUUGUUGGAGUCGACUGGACAGUCUCCCAGUGCUGAGGAUGAGAUGCGCUCGGCAGCUUGCGGUCUUGUCUGCGAAUGGGCUCAGAAGGUUUUGAGUCGCCAGUUUGACAGUGUGGAGGAAUUGGCACGCUUUCUUCUCAACAGUCACUAUAUAGGCACUAAAUCCAUGGCAGCUCUUACUGUCAUGACUGGAACCCCAACAGGUAUGAAAACCCCUACGCCUGCCUCUGCCUUUGUGCCAACUGGUGAAGCCAACUUAUUCCAGCCCCAAGUGAAGACCCUCCCUUCGCCUUCUGUAGACGCCAAACAACAGCUGCAGCGGAAGAUCCAGAAGAAACAGCAGGAACAGAAGCUCGCCUCUCCUUUGCCCACUGAUGCCCAGGCCAGAAGGGCAGAAGCGGGCACACCCGGCCCUGGAUCCAGCCUGACCUCUGGAAGUCCUGCACUACUGUCCCCUCAACCAACCAUAGGCAUCGUGGUCACUGCUGUUCCAAGUCCUAUCACAGUUCAGAGAAACCGGCAACUAAUGACCUCUCCAAGUCCCGUUGGGGCAGCAGAGGGAAAAGUAGUACCUGUUAACUUCCAGGUUGUGACACAACCUGUUAAGCAGUCUCCAAAAACGCCCCAAAAUAUCCCUGCCAGCCCAGUCGGUGACAGGUUGGCCAGACACCGAUAUGCCCAGAUUUUACCUAAACCUUCUGCCACAAGUGCCAUUGCACUUCGCUCGCCCCAAACACUUCUUAUAACCAACAGCCCCAUCAAGACGGUGAUGCCCACGCCCCAUGUUAGCUCUGUCAAUGUGGUCAAGAUGACUGCAAUUUCAUUAGCGCCUAACAGUAGCAGUAGUAGUAGUAGUAUUACUCCUACCCCUUUGAGACCUGCUUCGGUAGGUAUCAGUAGCACAGCUUUCCUGGAAGAAUCUAGCCAAAUCCAGCUAGCGCAGAAUGGGGCAUCUGUCACGUCUCUUCAGUCAUCUGGGAAAACUGGACGUCCCUCUACGACCCCAACCCCAUCAGCAUCCACUGUUACUAGUGAGGUAAAAGUGACAUUUGAAGCUGUGAAUGACAGUUACUCAGCUACUGCUGUUGAUAAACAAAUCACUUCAUCAGGGGCAAGAACAGGACUAAAGAAUGAAAGAGCCACUAAAUUCAGGGCUUCCAGUGAACCCUCUCUUCUUAUUAAGGCAUCCCCUGUGCCUGAGAGAGUGACAAGGGCCAAGAGUGACUCUACAACCCCUUCAAGUACAAUCAUGGGGGCUCUUGCCCCAAGCAGCAAUAACAACAACGAUCAACCAGAAAGUACUUUGUAUUUAACUGUUACUAGCCAGAAUGUAGAUGCUGAAUUGUCAUCCAUUUGUGUGAUGGCAACUGCAAGCACUUCUUCUAAAGAUGCUGGUCUUGGUCCAAAAAGCCCUCGUAAACGUUCUGCAUCUGUUUUGGAAACCCAUACAAUCCCAGUUAAAAGAGUAUUCAUUUCCCAGCAACCUUUGGAUAGUGGAAGCAAUGCCAAGCCUGGUAUUGUAAUAGCAGCUAAGAAGAUUCAGAGACCUGGCACUCCAGCAAGACCAGAGAGCGCUCCAUGCAAAGUUACACUAAAACAGAGUAGCUCUCUUCCAACUCAAAUCUUAGCUCUUUCUGACACUCCCAUUGGAUCCCUGGACAUCUCCCAGAUGGUUAAUCCUCAGAGCUCUUUACAACUCGCAAAUGAAGCUGCUGAUAUUAGCCAGAAUGAAACUGCUUCUGCUAAAAGCACAGUUUUACUGCAGCAAAUCUCAAGUCACCAACAAAUCAGCAGUGACGUUUCUCAGGAGGUAUCUACUGUAAGUGAGCUCAAGAGUUCAUUGCAAGACUACUCACAACAGAUGCAAACAGAACACAAGCAGAUUGCCGCUAAUCCAUUACCGUUGACAGCCCAGGAAUCUGAGACCACUAGUCGGCUCACUCUUCAGCAGGACAUUGUUGAUUUUGCAGGAGCCCAAGCAAGCAUGGACUAUUUCCCCUUCAAUGAUGAUGAUAUGACCCAGGACAGUAUUGUAGAAGAGCUUGUACAGAUGGAGGAACAGAUGAAGCUGAAUAGCAGCUUGCAAUCCUACUUGAGCUGUGUUGAUAUAUCCCUACAAGGUCACGCCACGGUUGGCCAAGGAACAAUCCUGUCGCCCCAUCAGACAAGUACACAGUUCUAUCAUUCGUCUCACAGUAGCGCCACACCAGUCCACACACCAACUCCGACACCCACUCCUACACCAACACCUACACCAACUCCUACCUCCGAGAUGCUACCAGGGGGGCAUUGCUUAACCAGAGAAAGCCCUUGUUCUCGAAUGGCACCUGUUACCCCAGUGGAUAGCAUCUUGGGUGGGCGCCAUACACCCAUCAGUACUCCACUGUCUAACUGCAGCAGCAGUGUUCCUCCGAGCCCCAUCGAAUGCCGCAAUCCCUUUGCGUUCACUCCUAUAAACUCUAGUAUAACUGGAUAUCAUGAUGGUAGCGUUGUGUCCAGCAGUCCAGUGAAACCCAUGCAAAGACCAAUGGCCACCCACCCAGAUAAAGCCAAGCUGGAGUGGAUCAACAACAGGUACAACAGCACCGCAGGGUCUCCUGUUAUAUCCACCAACUCCACCAUUGGUAUCCUGCCCAGUUACCAGGAUCUGGUCGAGGACCACUUCCGUAAACCACAUGCUUUUGCCAUCCCAGGUCAAUCUCUCCAGUGUCAAUCAAGGCAUCAGGACGGAAACUUGGUAAGGUUAACAACCGUUUCUCCAGUGCAACAAGGAGAGCAAACCACCCUUAGUAGCAAGCAAGAAAGUUUUGCCAUCCCAGCUCCUUUGGACAAUAAAGGGACAGGAAGCACAUCUACAUCUGGAGGUGGAACCUUCCGGUGUCGCAGCGUUAGCCCAGCAGUUCGUCAGCGUAACCUUAGCGGCACCACUGCACAAACAGACACCACUCCACGGUCUGUUGUUUCUCCCUUUAACUGCCCCCUGACAUCUGAGGUCCUGAACAUUUUGUCCAACAACCAGUCUGUGGUCAGUGCCAGCAGCUUGGCCCAGAGGAGCCAAUCAGUUCCACUAAACAUCAUGAUGCAGUCUGAGCUGCUUCCCAUCAGUCACCAGAGGCAGCAAAGCAAUAGUGCUAAAAUCACCACCGUGCUCCUUAGCAAGAUGGACACGGAUGGAGAUGACACAGUGCGAGGGCUGGGUGUAAAUAACCUGCCCGCCAAAUAUACAGCACGGAUGAACUUAACCCAAAUCCUGGAGAUGACACAGGGCUUCCCCGGAGGCCCCAACUCUCAGAACCAGCAGCUGCCUCUGGACACAAGCCCUUUGCCUUUUGACUUCCAGAAGACGGGUUACCUCAUAAGUGCGGGAGAGGAGCAAGUCUCCUUCUCCAGCGGUGAAAGUCGAGCACAAUCAGGCUCAGGACUGCAGCAACCAGAAGAGCAGCUUCAGCUCCAGGAACAAGAUCAACAGCUACAACUCCAGAAUCAAGAGCUGCAACUUCAAGACACACAGUUGCAACUCCAGGACCAACAGUUGCAGUUGCCGGACCAACAACAGUUACAAGUUGACCCAGGUCUCACCCAGCAGCACUUGUUGCCCCAAACCUCGCAGCAGGUUGUGGAUCAGGAGCAGCAAGAGCAGCUGGACUUCAACACUACUGUCAAGGAUCUCUUGGGGGAGGACAGCCUCAACCCCAGUUCCCAACUCGUCGGACAGGUGGCUUCAGAGCUCAGUGCUGUCGCCUCUGACUUUUCGAACGAUAUCCGGUUGACUUCUGACCUUUCGAGUAGCAUUAAUGACUUGAACACUUUGGACCCCAACUUGCUGUUUGACCCCAGUCAGCAGCAGGACCAAUAUGAAGACGCCACACUGGAAGAACUGAAGAACGAUCCUCUGUUUCAGCAGAUUUGCAGCGAUACUGUGAAUUCUGCUGGUUUUGAUUGGUUGGAGAAUAAAGACCAGCCAACCGUGGAAAUGUUGGGAUGAUAUUAUUCCCUGUUCUUUUACUGUUGAUGUUGCUGUUGUCUGUUGUUGUUUAUAUUUAUGGUUUCUGUACAGCGUUUGUUUUUUUGUAUUGCAACAUUUUGUGUAUUCUUAACGUACAAAAAUAUUGAAUGUGUCUGUGCAGCAAAAAUCUGGACGCUUUGGACUGUCCAGUGUAAAGUGCCAGCCUGAGGUAAAUGUCAUACAGGCAUGUGCUUUAUCUGAUUUUAUUAUUAUUAUUUUUACAGCCGUUUUGUUUGUAUUCCUGUUGUAUGAUUUCAUAGAUCAUUCCAGUCAUUUCUUCCCACUCAGAAGUCAUUUACAGUGAGCGGUCAGAUAUUUCCUCUGGUUCCAGCUGGUAGUAAAGUACGUUCAAUAUGAUGAGACAUCACCUGGUGCACAAGCAUAUCCCUCUUUCAUAUAUUUCCUCCUACUAAAACGAGUGCAUAAUUUGUUCUUGUAUUGAAACGAAAUGCAAUAUUCCAAAUAACAAAUCAUUGACGUUGGGGAAACUCACUUUCUAGAAUGUUGUCUAAAGAUCCAGUAACGUGGCUUUUGCGAGUUUGCGAGUGCCCCCAUGUACCAUAAGUACAGCAGAGGUGAAAUAUCACAUCUACAUAUCGUAAACCGGUCAGUUCAGUGAACUGCGAAGAUCUUAGGUGCUACUUGGUGCUGACUUAAAGAAUCGCAUUUACUGUACCUUUCAUCAGCCAUCAUUUGUUUCGUCAAAGUGAUUCUACACAUUUUUUGGGGGAAAAGGUUUUAAGGCCAUAAUACCAGUACUGUUAAAUCCAAACUAUUGGGGAAGGAUGAGAUUUCCAGUUUGUUUUUUGUUUUUCUCUCAAAAAAAAUGGGAAUAUAAAGACUCGUCUGCCUUAUUUCCAGAGUCUAAGGCCUUAUCCCAUCUCAUUAAAGGCUUCUGAAUUCAAGAAUUACUUUAAAAGAACGACCUUGGUGCACUUGAAUUAGCAGUUGUCCAUCAUCAGAUGGUUGCUAGCCAUUUUGAAGGCUUUGCUAGCACAUAAUUUCAAACUGGUAGUGACGACGGUAUGGUGAUGGCUAGAUAUUCUUACCAACUCGAGAUCAACAGGCAAACCUGUGUCGUUUCUCCAGCCUUAACUCCAUGCCAAAGAAAGCUGUGGAGAACAAGAGAUUG